UCAUUACUUCUACGCAAAUCCCUUAUGAUUCCCUAAUUAGAUCAUCUCCAACUAUAUUUCCUUUAUUUCGUUUCCUUUCUGAUUCCCCUUCCUAUUUUUAUUACCUUUAUUUUCUUUUAUUUCCAACAGCUUCCCUUCGAACUAAUAGUGUAUUUUCAGUACCGGUUCCAUUUACAACCAGCACUGGUGCAUGUCCGGACCCGAUUUUAUAAUCCAAUACAAUUUUGGCUCACCUCGGCUCAGUCCUCACGUCCGCAUCCGUAGAGCCUUAUCUCUUUCCUCACGAGUCACGCCUAGCUCAGUCCUCCUCACAUCUGCAGAGUGCCAGAGUCUUAUCUCUUCCUCACCACAAGCCUCUCCCUCUCUCUCUCUCCCUCCCUCUUUUGAACUGGAUUUCCUCCACCUCUCUCUCUCUGCUUUCUCCCCCUGCUCUGCUCCUACACUUCUCCUCCUCCCUCUCUCAUCCCCUCUGCGCCGCGUGGGCGUGUGCAAUGGCGGGGGAUGAAGCGCGUAGCCGCCGCCCAACGAACAGCCCGCUCGUCUCCCCGGUGCAGGGACAACGAAGAGCACCGCCGGUGCAUCACCUCCUGCCUUGUGAAAGGAACUUAUGUUCUGCAGAGCGAUCAAACCAGGGGCGAGGCCCUCGCGCCGGCGUGGUGGGAGAGCUUCCACUUCAUCCUGCUUGAAGCGCUCGAGUGCAAGAUCCCCAACUUCCUUGGACCGAAUCGGUUGUUCAGCGCCAUCUUUGAAUACGUGCCCCCAUAUGGCGGGCGCCGCCACAAGUCGGCUCCACGCUACAUUGUCGCCUUCCGGGGCACCAUGCUAAAGGACCCCACAGCUGUUCGCGAUAUCUGCCUCGACGCAAGCAUCGUGCUCAACCAGCACCACAGAUUCAGCCGCUUCCGCAAGGCACGUGAACGGGUCGAAGAACUCAUCGCCAAUGGCAGUGUCACCGGCAGCAGCGACGUCUGGCUUGCGGGGCACUCGCUUGGCGCGUCGAUAGCGCUGGACGUGGGGCGCGACAUGGCCAGAAAGGGGUGCUACCUCCCGACGUUCCUCUUCAACCCGCCGCACGUAUCACUAGCGCCGGCAGUCGACGUCCUGCCCAUGACGGACGUAGCGAAGGAGCAUCUGUCCGCCACGAGCUGCGUCGUGAAGUACGUACUGGGAAAGACAGUUUUGAGGUCCCACGGGGAGCGCAUGGAGGCACUGUUCGAGAAGCUGUCGCCGUGGAAACCAAAUCUGUACGUGCACGAGCGGGAUGUCAUCUGCAAGGGCUUCAUCGACUACUUCAACCAACGGAAGCAGGUGCAGAAGCGGUUCCCCGGUGUGGCCAUGUCGGCUACCACACUGUCGUACCGCGACAUGUGCUACUCUGUGUCCGGCAAGCAUAGUGAGAGGGCGCACCUCCUGCCGUCCGCAUGGCUGCACAAGAACUCAAGCUCGCACGGCAACGCGCACGAGCUCCAGCAGUGGUGGCACCCGAAACUGACGUUCAACUCCGAGCUAUACAGCUGGCAUUGAACGUUGCUGCACAGAUGCAUACUAAUCCAGUGCAGGCUUUGCUAUAAAAGGAGGAGACAACAAGAAUGAAGAUGAAGUGAGCAUGCCAAGUCUUGGAAACAACUAUCACAGGGAUCUUCACCAAGCAUGUGUGUGAUGUUUACUAAUAGAAUUUGUCCUUAAGUUGCUUUCAUUCAUGCUUAAGAACUUUAUGUGUGCACCAUUUGUUGGCUUUCUCUUAAUGAGACUUCGGCUCCAAUGUUGUAAUAAUGAAGGGUUUCAUGCAUAACUUAUGCAGAUGCCGGAAUAAAGAUAUUCCUUUAUCUAAAAAAGUAAUCAAGCCACUUACACUUAUUGUUUUGGCUA